AUGGAGGAUGAAGAUGGGACUUGUCUACUUGAUGUUUUGUGUGACCCCCAAGCCCUGAACGACUUCCUUCAUGGAACCAAUGAGCUGCAGACUGAAGACCUGCUCAUUAACUCUUCCUCUGGGGAGCCCUCCCUCUUCACAGAUGCCCCGAGCCCCGUCUCUCUGCUGGGAGAUGGCAGGGAUUCCUCUGACACGCCUCCACCGGGGUGUGUGGAUUUGUCCUUCCUGGAGGAGGCCCUCCUGUCAUCGCCGGAGGGCGGAGAAGACCCACAGGUGGUGCAGGGUGGGCCUCCUGUGGAGCCUGGAUGUGAAGCAAAAAAGGGGGAAAUGGAGGAAGCGGAGGAGGCGGAGGUGGCAUGUGAUAUCCUCCAGCAAAGCUUGCAGGAGGCUGACAUCACUGAGCAGACCAUGGCUCUGGAGGCAGGGUUGCCCCAACCAGGGGACAGUCUGUCCCUUUACUCUCCAGCCCCUCUCCUCUCUCCACCCACUGUACCAUUUAUACACAAGUCUGUGACCUUGCCUGUCACCCCAGUGCUGCCCAGAGACACCCAGGCAGCAGUGGAGCCCCCCCAACCCUCCCUCCUGGCUGUUGGGCCUGGCUGCCCUUCUUUAAAACCUGCUGCCCCUCCUCAGCUGAUGGGGCUCCUGCCUGGAAAUGUUUUCCCUGCUCCUUCUCCAGAGACCUCCUUCUCUUUGAGUCCUGUUCAGGGCUCCAGUAUGAUCAUCCAUAAGGCCAUGCCAAGUAUGACCAGCCGUCCUCUUUUCACCCCAACCCUGAGAGCAGCAGCAGCAGCACCAGGCAUUGUUCUGCAACGCGCCCCUCUUCCCAUUCAACCCAAACUGCCCAUCAGCAUUCAGCCCAGACUGGUUCAAAUUAGCCCCAAACCGUCUGGGCAAAAACCCACUCCUGGUCUCACGUUUGUACCUGGGACUGCCUCACCAAAUAUUUUACUGUCUCAACCUCCUGGCCAGAAGCCUGCAGCUCCAACACCGCAGCCCACCCAGCAGCUCCCAAAACCGGUCAGCUUGCAGCUGGUGAACCAGGGUGGCUCCUUUGUGCUCCAGCCUCAGGGACUCUUCCAAGGCCAAAACCAGUUCCUUCUUCCGGGCCAGUGUCCUGUUACGAUAUCCCAGCCUGUCAGUGGAGCUCGACCUCUGCUGACUACAAGUCACCACGGCCCUUCGGUCCACAGUGUGACUUCCUCCGGCGGGCAGCUUGUAGACGGCUCUCAGAUCCUAACUGUACCCCAAAGACAGCUGAACUUCAGUCCUGUCUUCACCACCCCAACAGGGCAGCUAGCUCUCCGCCAGGCCACUGUGCUUUCAGGACCUUUGCAGCUACAGUCAGCGCCCCCUACUGUCUUCCAGAUGCCGGCACAGCUGGCUGGAACCUACACUCCAGGAGGGCAGGGGCAGCGUGCCACCCUGGUCCACAGUCCCGCUCUGGGAAACCACAUUACUUUGAUCAACAGCUCUGGGGUGCUUCCCCAAGAUCUCACUUCCAUCUCGAUCGUUAAUGGUCCCUCAGUGGUUCAGGGGUUGCCUUUUGCUGCCCAGGCCCAGGCUCCUCAGGCAGCAGUGACAGAAGGACAGCUGAGCCUCCAGCAGGCCUCGGUGGUGCUGCUGCCAGAGAGAGCUGUCCCCGAAGAGAGGAGCAGCUCAGAGGAGACUUUCCACCAACUACCACAGCCCUACGGACACGUUCUCCAGCACGUGUCGGUGCAGCCGACCGCUGCAGGGCUGCAGUCCUCGUCUCCUCCUGUAGUUACGGUCCUGCAGCCCCCUCCUGAACCACCUCUGGCACCCGAUCCGGUUGUGGAGAUGCCUAAACUUUUGAUGCCCCCAGCCGACAUUACCCAAGUAGUGGAGGAGGUGACCCACUCGAUGAGUCAGAACCAGGCCUUUAUGCAACAUCUGCAACAGCAAGCACUUAGUUCUCCUAUCGCAUCCGAGCUGUUGGUUGGAGCGUUGCCAGUGGUGCCGAUGGAGUCCCUCGCCUCCCCAGUGGACAGUGAGAGAGAGACCCAGCAGCAGACGCAUGCAUGCGUUGAGGCUUCUCCGCUUCCCUCAGACCCGGACGACACAUCGCUGCUCUGCUCCUCUCCUCCGAUUCAGGACACGGGGAGAGCAGCUUCAGCAACGUUCUCCCCUCCGGCUGGGCCUGAGAUCGCGCUGCCGGGACCUGAGAGUUCUGUCCCCCAGACCUCUGCUCCCCAGCCCCUCACCGAGCCACAAGUCCAGUACCAGGUUCCUCAUCAACUCCAGGUCUCACAGGCCUUAUUUACCCAGAAUCAAGUACAGAUCCAGCCGUCUGUUUCCCAGCCUUUGCCCCAGGUUCAGGCUUCAGUUCCCCACUCACAGGUCAAGCUCCAGGCCCAGCCGCCUGUUUCCCAGCCUCAGUCCUUGGUCCAUACUUCAGUUCACUCCCCUCUGCAUGUCAGCAUCUCGGUGCCUCAGCAGCAGCCUGAUCCCACAGCUGCGUCUACGAGUCUCUCCAAAGGAGGAGAUGACUCCACUGUCCAACAGCACACACAAAUCAAGCCAACAGCUGCCUUGGCCAUGGAGAGUAAUACAUAUACUCUCGAUGUCCAUCCACCCUCUCCUGCAGUACAGAGCGUCCAGGCUCACGGGCCCCCGGCUCCCAGGGAGUGUGGCCCCAUCCCGACCAGCCAGCAGACAGGCACCAAGCUGGCAGGUCUGGAGCAGCAGAUAGAGGAGAGGCUCACACCAGCACUGCGCAGGCACAGGUUCCAGCAGCAGCUCUGUUUGGACCACCGAGCGGUCCAGAACCCGUUCACCGGCCCGGCCUUCUCCAGCCUGAAGGACACUGUGAGACGUCUGCUGCCGUACCACAGCUGCGCCGGUCACCUGCCCACUCAGGAUGACUUCAAUUUAGUGGACCAGGAGUUCGACAGUGUGUCCGGUUUCCUGCUGAAACGCACCAAGGACAUGGUCAACAAAUACAGGCAGCUACUGGUUAGAGAGGCGCAGCAGGAGAGUCCGUCAGCAGAGAUGGUGAUGCUGGAGCGUCUCUUCCUCCAGGCAGAGCGAUACGCUUUAGUGGAGGACAGACGGAGAGCCCGCAGAGACCCAGAGUCUUUCAUGAUGGCUUUGGCUACAUCAGCAUCUUCCCCCGAUGGUGCGCCCUCCUCCGGACCCUCCAACAGCCCCUCCUCUCCACCAGCCUGGACCAGACUGUCCGACCGGCCUCCGGGACUCAAGACGUACCGCUCCAGCUCCCGCGGGGCUCUCAGGCUCACCAUCAAGCAGGAGUCUGGCUCCCGUAAGGUGGUUCACAACUCGGCCUGCGACCCGGGGCUGAAGAGGGACCACAAAGGGCAGCUGACCAACGGCGGCGGAGCUGUGAACGAACGCCACUCUCAGGCACCCAACGGAGCACCGCAGCAUCCUCAGCACAGCGAGGAGAUCUCCAACGGACCCGCGCCCGGUAAAGCCACCGAGGACGUCCGACAGACAGCACCCGUUCCCAAAAUGAAAGCCCCAAAUCCUCUUUCUAUGCCAGAGCCGCAGGCCGACUGCUUUGAGUUGCCUCCCAGAGAUGCCAGCGCCCCAAAACUGAAAUGCUACAGGCUGGAUGCGUCGCCUCGGCUGGAGCAGCGGUUCAGCCCGCCGCCUCCCCCCCUCCAAGAGGACAACAUGCUCAGUGAACAUCUACAGAGUGCCAUCGACAGCAUCCUGGAGCUUCAGCGCCUGCAGGGCCCCACUGCAGCCCCGACCAGGGCCACGUCAGGCCCUUCACUGGACCAGGCUGUCACCAGCAUCUUGGAGGGACAACUGUGA